CAUGCGUUGUCAUCUGUCAGUCACUGUCCGAAAAACUCAAAGUUGAGGAUAGCCCAUUAUUUUUCUACAUUCCACAGGAAUUUCAAAUAAAAGUGGUCCCAGAAGCGGAUCACUAAAUAAAUCUGGGCUUCAUAAAAGAACUAAUAGCCACGAUGAGUAAACUUAUCCCUUCUGCUGCCAAGUUUUUCAAUGGCAAUACAUUAGCGAAAGCGGCGACCCCAGCUGUGACUACGUCGACCGCUAAAUACAGCACGAAAAAUGAAGCCAACUUCGAAAUCAAGCCCUUCAAACUCCACAAGCUGGAUAAGGGCCCGGCCACUUCAGCGACCCUCACAUCUGAAGACGCGCUCAAAAUGUACGAGAAACUCGCCAUCCUGAGGAGGAUCGAGACUGCUUCGGGAAACCUGUAUAAAGAGAAGAUCAUUCGUGGUUUCUGCCACUUAUACUCAGGACAAGAGGCAGUCGCCGUGGGCAUGCGUUCCGCGAUGCGCGACCAAGACUCUGUCAUUACUGCGUACCGCUGUCACGGGUGGACCUACUUAAUGGGGGUCAAUGUACUUGGCGUCCUGUCUGAACUGACUGGCAGACGCACUGGGUGCUCCCGCGGGAAGGGAGGCUCCAUGCAUCUGUACGGGAGGAACUUCUAUGGAGGCAACGGAAUUGUGGGCGCUCAGGUCCCACUAGGCGCAGGAGUGGCGUUUGCGCAUAAGUACAAAGGCGACGGCGGCGUGACGUUCGCUCUGUACGGCGACGGCGCCGCCAACCAGGGACAGCUGUUCGAAGCCUACAACAUGGCAAAGCUGUGGGACCUGCCUUGCGUGUUCGUGUGCGAGAACAACGGAUACGGCAUGGGUACGAGCGUGGACCGCGCGUCGGCGAGCACGGAGUACUACUCGCGCGGGGACUACGUGCCCGGCCUCUGGGUGGACGGCAUGGAUGUACUGGCCACGCGGGAAGCCACGCGGUUCGCCAUCGACCACUGCACCAGCGGGAAAGGCCCUCUCCUGAUGGAGAUGGAAACGUACCGCUACUCGGGGCACUCGAUGUCGGACCCGGGCACGUCGUACCGCACGCGCGACGAGGUGCAAGAAGUGCGCCAGACCCGGGACCCCAUCACCUCCUUCAAGGAGAAGAUCCUCAGCAACGAGCUCGCCACGCCUGACCAGCUCAAGGAAAUCGACGCCCAAGUGCGCAAAGAGGUAGACGAGGCCACAAAACAAGCCAAGUCCGAGCCAGAGGUCGGCGUGGAAGAACUCUGUGGAGACAUCUACUACAACAACUUGGAACACCAGAUCCGAGGCAUCCAUCCUGGAGCGCCCUUACAGCACGUCGAGGUUACCGCCCGCUCGUACAACUAACGCGCUUACUGCUUAGGAAAUUAGGUCUGUUAUCCCAUAAAGUUAUACCUAGCGGAGUAGAGCAACAAAGAACUGAGCGAGCGAGAUGUCACUAGCAACAUUGUGUGACAAAAAGAGAUGCGUGAUGCCGUCGUUGCGUCAAAGAGAACCGUUUUUGCAACUAUUUGACAGUUCAGAGGCAGUUAGUGGCACGGUGAAAAUUUUAACUAAGAUAUUUUUAGAUUUUACGUGAGGGACAUCGUGGAUGUUUAUGAGAAAUAGUGCUUCAGAAAUGUGGUGUCUGGUUCAGUGAUUAAUUUAUUCUACAAAAAGCUAAAUAAUCCUGACACUGACACACAAAUCAAAAUCAAAAAUAUUUAUUCAAUUUAGACCACAAGUGGCACUUAUGAAAAUGAUAAUGAAAAUGAUAUCCAGUGUCAUCCAAAAUCGGUUUAGUUUGACGCUCGUGGUUGUUGCUCUAUUCCGAAGGAAUGUUAUCUUAUGGUUACCCCAUACGUUCGAACGAUCGAGUAUGUUAACUAUGUUUAGGAUGUGAGUAGGUAGGGGAUAGUGACCCCGCUGUAGAUAAACUUGCAAAAGAUAAUAAUUAUUCAAUACUUAUUGUUAUUAUAAUUGUUUAUGUGUUUUGUAAAAGUCAAAUUCACGGCGGGGUCUACCUGUAAAGGUAUUAGUUUUCGCUCACUCAGAAUUUAUUGUUUUCUACAGAAGGGAUUAUAUUAUUGUACAGAACCGUAAAAUAAAUGUACAAAUAUUUAUAUCGACUCUAUUUGUAAAUCACGUUGAUCACAUAAUUUUUGCAAAUAUUUUUUUGUAAUGUUUUUUUAGCCAAUAAGCGUAAGUGAUACUGCCAGCGACGCUGUAUUUUUAUCCACUAUGAUAUAGUUCUACCUUAUUUUUGUUUUGUCGAUCAUUUUAUUUAUAUUAAGAUAAAUAAAUUAUUUAUAAAGAUAA